UUAGUCAGAAAGAAGGUGAACUAGUCAAUGCUUUUUCAUCCAAAAUUAAUAAUGUACUAAUCCGUACACUAUAAUCUCACCAAAAUAGCAUCCAAAUCUUCUCAAUCUAAUGUGAAUUCAAAGACUUCUUUUCACCCACCCUUUCCAUUCUAAAAUCAUUUUAUUUGUGUAUGCAUCCAUUCCAAAAUCAUUGAUAAUGACCUUUCUUCCUUUCACAUUGAAACUUUCAUCACACACACCUUUUAUUAUUGACCAUUGUCACACCCACAUGCAACUUCUAAAACCUUUCUUAAGUUAAAGUUUCAAUUAUUUCUACCAAAAAAAAUUAAAAGUUUCAAUUUUUCUUCUGAAGUUGAAAUUUCACCACACCCCUUUAUCUUUAAAAUUUUCAAUCAUUACAUUAUCAUAUUACAAGUUCUAAAACCUUUCUAAGUGAAAGUUUCAAUUUUUUCUACCCAAAAGAAAAAGUUUCAAUUUUUAUUUUCACCUUGAAAUUUCAUCACACCCCUUUUCUCUAAAACUUUCAACCAUCACCCAUAUUGCAAGUUUCAACCUUUCUAAGUGAAAAUUUCAAUUGGAAGUUCCAACCUUGUUUAUCAUGGCAAAACAUGAAAAUUCAAAACAAGGGUGUUUUUCUAGUUUCAUAAAAGUGCUUAUUUGUGCUAGAAAUGAAACUAGUCCACCAGUGUAUCCAUCUGAAAAUGUUGAAGAAAAAGAACCAAUUUUUCACAAAAAAGAUAAACUUUUUGAUGAAUCUAUUACUACUCCUGGUGUAGUAGCAAGAUUAAUGGGUUUAGAUUCACUUCCAAGCACCAAAAAGGUUGUUAAAGGAACAACCUUAGAUUCUGUUCCAAGAAGUAAAUCAGUUAACUUUGUUGACUAUUUACUUGAUUUUGAUCAAAAUGUUACAAACCAUCGUCGUGUGAAAACUUCAGCUUCUUUUAGAGAAGUUCCUACAAUUAUUGAGAAGCAAAAAAAUUACCUUUUUGUCCUUGAUAUUGAUGAUAAAAAGGGUAAUAAGGUUCAAGAAGAAAAUGGCACAAAGUUGAAGAAAAAGAACAAGGAAAUUGUGAGAGUGAAGAAGGAAAAGAAUCAAGGGAAGAACAAGAAAAUUUCUAAGUUAAAAGAUGAACCAAGAAGAGUUCCAUUUUCUUCUUCAAAUUCUUCUAAGUAUAAAUCAAAAGUUAGAAAUUAUGAAAGUAAAGAUUUUUCAAGUGUUUCACCAAGGUGUAAUAAUUGUAGUUAUUAUGGAUAUGGUGAAGUUGGUUCAAGUUCAAGUUCAUGUUCAAUAUCUUCAUUACCACCAAAUAGGCAUAAGAAAGAGUUUGUUGAACCAAAAAUAAGGAACAAGGUGAAAAAUAAUGUAUCACCAAAGAAGAUUCAGACAGAACAUAGCUUGGAAAAUCUUAGUCCUGUUUCUGUUCUUGAUGUUAAUGAUUAUGCUUUUCUUUUUGGAGCUGAUUAUUCAGGUAGAAGUACAAGCAUCUUGGCUUCAAAGUCAAAGAGGAAAUCUAAAUCUUUAUUGGAAGUGUCCUUGGAUGAAGAUGUUAAUGAGAAAGCAAACAAUAAUAAAAGUUAUUAUGCCCACACUGACAUCAACAGAGAAGCAGAGUAUUACUCAGACUUGAUGUUGAAGCUUCGUAUUUUGACAGAAGAAAGUAUAAAGGAGACAGAUUGUACUUCAAAGAGGGAAAGCUUAGAGGAAAUUGUUUUGGUUUUUGAACAAACUGUUUUUGAUCAUUUAUUACUUGAGCUCUUGAAUGAAGUUGUAGAAUUUUCUUCUUAAAAAUGUUGUUAAUUUUUUGUAAUCUUAAUACUCCUGUUUCUAAGAAAAGGAUAUAGAUAAUCUGGAGUCCGGUCGGAAGGUAGAUAAUAUUUGACCAAUAAUUAAUUUAGGAGGUUUGUUAUUUAAAUACAUUUUCAAUAACAAAAAUACAAUAUUGUAUUUUGUUUCAUUCUA